AUGCCCCCGAGCUACAGUCCCUGUCCCAGGCCCUGCCUCAAACGCCCCUCCCAAGAUCGCUGCGCCUCACCCUUGUCUCCCCGCGACGAAUCCACCCAGCUGCUCGCCAUCGACCCCGGCAUCCUCCACCCCCUCGUCCACUUCGCACCCUCCACAGAGCUCGCCAGCACGCACUCCGCGUACUCUGCAGCCGUCUACGACCGCUCUCCCAUCGUCGUCCUUCCCAAUCGCUGCGCCCUCCCCGAGCGCGGCUGCCCCGGCCGCACCUACAACGUCGGUGACGGCACAGCCCCCAGCACCUCGCGCCAGCGUCAGCGCAGCCCCGCCGCGCGCCAUCGCCAUCCCCGCGCCAAGGACCUCGACCUCCCCGAGGACGAGGACGACGAUGAUUUGACACCGCGCACCUCCCCGCUCGCCCACGCCUACGCGCUCCCGCCACUCGUGCCCGACCUCUCCUCCGAGUCCGACGAGUCCGACGCCGCCCCCGGCGAGCACGACCGUGCGCUCAUGUUCGCGCAGUACGCGAUGACCCAGCGCUCGUUCGCCGGCGCGGGCGAGCUCGCGCAGGGCAUGUCCGCGAUGUACAUCAACACCGCCAAGCCCUCCGCGCUCUCCUUCCUCCCGCACCCGCCCUCGCCGCGUCGCGCGCACUCGCCCACGCCGCCGUCGCGCGAGGACGAGCACGACCGCCGCCGCCAUCCUCCGUCCGCGUCCGCGUCGUCAAUGUCGAGACGCAAGUCGAAGAGCGGCGAGAAUCGCAGUCCGGAGAGUCCCGCGCGGGCGCGGUAUAAGGCGUUCUCGGAAAAGAGCGCGCUCGGCGGCGGGUUCGGCGUCGGGGACCUCGGCUGCUUGGGCGGCUUCUGA